AUGUGUUCAUGUUUGGUAAAAGCCUUAAAGUAUGGGGGGCAUUACAUUACUUUUAAGUUGUUAUGGUUUUUCCUGAAGAAGAUUUGGUGCAGAACUGCUGUUGAGGUUAUGCCACCUUUUAGUGGUAUCUUAAUUAAAUGGAUGUGGGCUUCAAGAAUCAAGAAACCAUGCUGUGGAAUGGAUGUGCUUUCAACCCUUGUAGUUGUUAUUAGAGUCUCCAUGGAGGUGCCAGCUACUCUUCCCACAAUCCAAGACACCAAUGCAAAAGAAUCAAAGUCAUGCAAUCAGCACAUUGAUCAUCCUGUUCUUAAUUAUGGAUGCUCUCACUACCGUAGGCGUUGCAGGAUAAGAGCCCCUUGUUGUAAUGAGAUAUUUGAUUGUCGCCAUUGUCAUAAUGAGGCAAAGAAUGACAUUAAUGUUGAUCAAAAAGAGAGACACACAAUCCCUCGCCAUCAGAUCCAACAGGUUAUAUGCACCCUUUGUGGCACUGAACAAGAGGUGCGACAAAUGUGUGUCAACUGUGGUGUUUGCAUGGGAAAUUACUUUUGUAGGGCAUGCAAGCUUUUUGAUGAUGACAUAUCCAAGCAACAAUAUCACUGCGAUGGUUGUGGCAUUUGCAGAAUUGGUGGGCGAGAGAACUUUUUUCACUGUGACAAAUGUCGAUGCUGCUACUCAAAUUUUCUGAGAGACAGUCACCCGUGUGUUGAAGGAGCAAUGCACCAUGAUUGCCCUGUAUGCUUUGAGUAUCUAUUUGAUUCGAUAGAUGAUGUUACAGUCAUGCCUUGUGGUCAUACCAUUCAUAAAAACUGUUUAAAGGAAAUGCAGCAACACUAUCAAUAUGCUUGCCCUUUAUGUUUUAAGUCGGUUUGUGAUAUGUCAAAAGUUUGGGAAAAACUUGACAUGGAAGUUGCAGCUACACCAAUGCCUGAAUUCUAUCAAAACAAACUGAUAUGGAUAUUGUGCAAUGACUGUGGGACCAAUUCUAAAGUGGCAUUUCAUGUUGUGGCUGUUAAGUGCCCGAAUUGCAAAUCCUACAACACCCGCCAAACUGGAGGCUGAGCUUCUAUUUAUUCUAUUGGGAUUUUGUUGUAUUAUGAUGUUAGGUGUCCAUUGUUGAGGGUUUAUAUGGUGAUAUAUAUAGAGUAUCUUUCCAUGUUCUUUUACUUUGGACAAUGUAACUUUUUCUGCCUCAUUUCAUAAAUCAUUAUUUACGGGUAAGUCCCAUUCAUUUCCCAAA